CUCUCUACCCAAUCCAUCUCAACAAACAGUUCAUUCAUCAAAGAUUGAUCUUUCACAAGGUUGAUCUUCACGUAGAAGAUGCAUCUCGGUCUCUAUGAGGUAUCAUUUCUCCUCCUCCAUCUCUACUUUGCCGCCUUCAUUUGCACCACAGGUGCAUCAUCACCAUCUCUUUUUGAUGCCAAUCUUGAACUCCCGAGAGGUUUCAUGCCAACCGUGUCACUGGAACACUUAGACCCCACCCUCCCCCCGGCUCUCCCCACCCAGACUCCGCACUGUUCCCUGGUCGUCCUCCAACAGGACUUCGCCAACACCGUCGGCGCGACGCCGGCCUCCGCCAACUAUACGCACCCCCCAGACUGCCCCUUCCCAUGGACGCGCGUCGUCCUCGAGCUCAGCGUCGCCGCAACAGACCUCCAGGAGUCCCGAGUCGCCGCCAUCUGGAUCGACGGCGCAGAGGUCCUCCGCACCGCCACCCCCAUCCCCAUGGUUCGUGGCGCUUUCUGGCGCGUCCACAAGGACGUCACCCGCUACACGGCCCUCCUCCGCCGCCUGGCUGAUGGCGGCGGUGUUGUCUCCAUGAUGCUGGAGAACUCAAACGCGGUCCUUCCCGGCGUCUUCAGCGCCAACGUCUCGCUCCAUUACUACCGCGGCCCGGUCGACGAUGGCAGGUCGAAGUCAGUGUCUAAUGCGGCGCACCCCUCCGUCAGAUCCCUUUACCGCGAGCCCGCGGACCUUGUCCUUCCCAUCUCCAAGCCCGACGGACAAUAUGGAUCCGGCUUUUGGUAUCGUAUUGACAACGAGACCGGCGUCGAGUCUACCACCGUCGCCAUCCCCAGAAACACCUACCGUGCGGUCCUUGAGAUAUUCGUGUCGUAUCAUGGCGAGGAUGAAUCAUGGUAUACUAAUCCAUUGAGAAAUAACUAUCUUCACCAGUCAACUGCAGCCAAGCUUUCGGCACCGCGGGCCAACGGCGCGUUUCGGCAGGUCUACGCCACAAUCGACGGGCGUUACGUAGGUGGGCACGUUCCCUUUCCGGUCAUCUACCCGAGUGCCAUCAACCCCUUUUUCUGGUCCCCGGUGGCGGCAAUCGGCGCGUUCGACAUGCCGUCUUACGACCUCGACCUGACGCCGUUUCUGGCGCUGAUGCUCGACGGGCGGCCCCACGAGAUCGGGCUGGGUGUGCGCAACGCCCUGCCACACUGGCUCGUGAACGCCAACCUCCACCUCUGGGUCGACUAUUGGUCGGACGCGGUCCAGGCCGGUCCGGUGGCGUACUUUGCCCCGGCCAUCCAGAUGAACCGCAACGCCGAGUGGCGCAACCCCGACGGUCAAUCGGAGAUCGGGGCCGAGGGGCACGAAAGGUUCGCCGGGUGGGUGAGCUCGUCGAGGGGUAACCUCACCACCGAGGUGCGGCAUAAGAUCAAGCUGACGAGCCAGGUGCAGGUGCAGAACCGCGGGGCGGUGACCCAGAUCGAUUUCAUCCUCAAGGAGAGGACAAUGGUGACAGUCAUGAGGGGGAACCAGUGGCUCCACCGGGCGCAGGCGGUGCUGGAUGCGCCCAUGCAGGUUCAGACCGCGAUGGUGAACGCGGCGGGCGGGCCGGCGCGGCAGAAGACGCGGCUCUUCCACCAGCUGAUGGAGGCGGUGAGCCUGAGCGAGGGGCAGGCCGGGGCGACGACGACGAGAGAGCUGACCGACCGGCAGGACGCGGAGGGAUCGGCGCUUGUGGACGGCGGAUGGGAGAGCGGAAGGAUCCGGUCGUCAUACCAGUACAGGGACGGGAGCAAGUGCUACGCCCGGAACGUGGCCACGGCUGGCGGAGCGGUCAUCCAGGACAGGAAGGCCUCCUGCUUUGCCAUGGCUGAUGAUGCCUGAAGACGUGAGAUAGAGUGCAUGGAUGCUAAUGCUUUGCGUAGUUGAUUCAUUUCUCAGUUGCUGGUUCCGAGUAUAAUGCAAUAGCUAUGGUGUAUUGUGAGAAUAAGGUAUCCAUCCUUCAAUGUCAUACUUGUAUUAAUAUGAGAUAUUUCAAAUAAGGGUCAUCAUAUGGUGAGUUGGCACAAAAUA